AUGCGAGCAAGAGAUGUCUGCGUGACGGUGAGAAAGACCGGGGAAGACAGCUUGACUUUGUUCGUGAACCCCUAUAGCCCCGUUUGGAAGAUGAAACCAAUGAUUAAGAGUCAUUAUGGACUCAAAGGGCAGCAGCGUCUCUCCUUCCAGAAUCCAGAUGGGGACCGGCAGCUUCUCAGCAGCCAACAAACCCUUGCAGAUUUUGGGAUUUUCUCUAAGGUGAGCAUCAGAAUCCUUGAAACCUUUCCCCCUGAGAUCCAGAUCUUUGUGAAGGAAUUGGGCGGCCAGAAUAAGCCUUAUGCCAUUGACCCCGAUGACUCCAUCUGGGACUUGAAAAUGAUGACUGAGUCGGCCGAGGGGCCUUUACUGGAGGACCAGAUACUCAAGUUCUAG